AAGCAAGUCAGUUCAGAGCAGCAGCUCCUGGUGUUGAACGGAGAUACUUUUGAAGCAGUAGUGGUAUUUGCACGUAGGAAAACGGAUACAGUGUGACCGUCGACAGGGAAUUCUCAUUUCCGGAUAGUAUUGAAAGUGUGGUGCAGCUCACUUUCCCCGAUUGUGUGUGGUGUCCUGACCGAGUGAUGGCCAUUAAGGCGAAUGAGUGAUGAUUUGUUUUGCUGUUUCUCUGCGGGCCAGUGCAAGCUGAUACGCUUCGGAGUCACAAAAAAAAACGGGAAAUAAAAAUAACGACUCAUGUGUAUAGCAGGAAAGGAUGCUGCCCGACAGAUGCUGACGACGAUGACAUACAGGAAAAAGUCGUUUUGAAUACCUUUUUGUGUAACGAUUUGUGUUAAUCCUUUCAGUCAGCGAGAGUCGCUGUCAAUCCAUGUGCUCGUGAAAGUGGAAGUGAGAUGCAAUAUGCAACGAGAGGUGACCCAAAAAGGAUUGCAAUUUGAACGCGUUGUCCGGCUAUAUCGGUUGGCUUCGUGUGCGGAAGGUGCUUUUUUGUCCCGUUGAGUAGAUGUUCUUACUUUUUUUUUUUCGUCGAUCCUUCGGGUGAAGAGCUACAAAAUGAGUAAAGUGGAUUCUGGCAGAGAUUAGUGCUCGAGUAACAGAUUGCACCUGAUGUGUGAUGCAGGUGCCACUGGUGGAGUCUGAAUGUUUGGUGGGGUGGUGAUUGUUUAGGCGGUAGUUUGAAGGACGAGUUUUUACAUGAAACUAUUUGUCUUACGAGUUGGUGGGGCAGAAAAUUUCAAAUGGUUUGUGGAUUAUAACAUUUUGAAUGGCACAUCUGGUAUGCCACAGUGGAUAGAUAGUUUGGGGUGAAAUUUGUGUGUACAGUGAGCUAAGUGUUGUUGUCCGUGUAUAUUUCAACUGAUAAUGCAAUAAUAGGAUUAAGGAUACUUCGUAAAGAAUUUGUGUUAAGUUAAAGUUUUGCGUCGUUUACCGAGGAUACUUAAAUAUGUCUGCGUUGGCAACUGAGGAUAACUUCAUUUGAGCAGAUUGGACAACCACCGAACGAACGGAAAAAAAUCCAGCAGCAUAAUUUCCCCACAGAGAACGAACGUUAAGCCAGAAUGUUGGAGGGUAUACCGCUCAAAAUAGAAUCGAAAAAAAUGCUGCGCUAUCAUCAACCUAGUAUUAUUAUCAUAAUAGUGAUUUAUUCGAUCGCCAAAUGGCUCGUGAAAUUUGUGCAGUAGACAACGGUACUUCAAACAGCGGCCACCGAUAUUGCCAGCGACGCUACCCUCUUGAACGCCACUCUCCCGGCACUUCACCCGGAUCAUCGGCGGCAAAAGGAACGACUAAUGGCGAAACUAAUUAAAUGUAAUUGCUGCAAAAUUAACACGGAUGAUGCAGAACAAACGAUGAUUCCAUGAAUACAAAUUUAUGUUUAACUCCUAGCGAUAGGAACACAGGUUAGCGAAACCAUUUCGAGAAUCACCCAAAUAGUUUGCGCUAAAUCGAGCCCUGCUGAAUGUUCUUUCAAAAUCCUGUCUGGUUCAAUUUGAGAAUGCAUCUACUUCCGAGACUCGAAUUAGCGUAAACUGGUAAUGACCGGUACCAUCCAAGUAUCGGUGUUAACCAGUGUAAUCGAAUUGCAGCUUCCGAGAACUGAUUACGAGCAAUGGUCACAGCAGCAACAGAGCAAUAAUAGUGACAAGCACAAAUCACUAAUUCCAGCUCAAGCCUAGAGCAAACGAUAAUGAAUAAUGCAACUGAUUUCUACUGGGAACUUUCGCAACUGAUAAGGCUUAGCAACCUGAGCUACUACAAUGUAUCAAAUGCUGGAGAAACAUCGGUGACACUGGAUGCGGUUAACUGCUGUACCACUGAGCCGAACUUUUCAGAGUACCUGGAGGCCCUGCCCAACGACAGGGUCGGAUUGUUAGCAUUUUUGUUCCUGUUUUCCUUUGCCACUGUCUUCGGUAACUCGCUGGUCAUUCUGGCAGUUAUCCGGGAACGAUAUCUGCAUACGGCGACCAACUACUUCGUGACUAGUCUGGCCGUAGCGGACUGCCUCGUCGGAUUGGUCGUGAUGCCGUUCUCCGCUCUGUACGAGGUUCUCCAGAAUACAUGGUUCUUCGGAGAAGAUUGGUGUGAUAUAUGGCGCUCGUUAGAUGUAUUAUUUAGUACUGCUUCCAUACUGAACCUAUGUGUGAUAUCUCUUGAUCGGUACUGGGCCAUUACGGAUCCAUUUUCCUACCCGAUGAAGAUGACUCGAAAGAAGGCAGCUGCCCUGAUAGCAGCUGUGUGGAUAUGCUCAAGUGCGAUCAGCUUCCCUGCGAUCGUCUGGUGGCGAGCUGCUCGAGAGGACGAUAUGCCAGCAUACAAGUGCACAUUCACGGAACAUCUGGGAUAUUUGGUAUUCUCUUCCACCAUAUCGUUCUAUCUUCCACUGUUGGUAAUGGUGUUCACGUACUGUAGAAUAUACCGAGCGGCAGCCAUACAAACUCGCUCGCUCAAGCUGGGUACUAAACAGGUUCUGAUGGCAUCCGGGGAGCUUCAACUGACACUCCGAAUACAUCGAGGAGGAACCACUCGGGAAAGGCCCAAUCACCAACAGCAACAGCAGCACCAGGACCACCAACAGCACACGGCUAAUUCGACUCCGGAAGAACCGGACGAAGAACCACUUUCCGCACUGCAAAACAACGGCCUCGGAGGUCGUCACCGGACGCACAUGGGCAAGAACUUUUCCCUAUCGCGAAAACUGGCCAAGUUUGCUAAGGAGAAGAAGGCUGCCAAAACGCUGGGAAUCGUGAUGGGUGUAUUCAUAGUUUGUUGGCUUCCAUUUUUUGUGGUGAAUCUGCUCUCUGGAUUCUGUAUGCAUUGCAUAGCGCACGAAGAGAUCGUAUCCGCCGUGGUCACGUGGCUAGGGUGGAUCAAUUCCAGUAUGAAUCCGGUGAUCUACGCGUGUUGGAGUAGAGAUUUCAGGAGGUGA